UUUUUUUUCAAAAAUUGCAGGAAGUUGGGAGGUGUUUUCCCAUUCAUUCUUAUGGGAACAUUUUCAGCUUUAGCCCUGUUAAUGCUCCAGCAUAUGUGCAGCGAGAGAAACUGUUCACCUCUUUAAGCUCUUUCAGCCCUCUUACUUCUCAGCUUUUCUGCCUUUUCAGUUUUUUAAAUGUUCAUCUUUCUUCCUUUUCAGCUUUCAUCAUGCAGCAGGUGACAUCUCACAUCCCAUUAGUGAGCUCGUCUCUGACCUGGCUGAAUUCUCUGGAUCUUUUUUAGGAUCUCCCAAGAGAACCAGUGUGCUUGAUAGAGUGGUGGCACACAGACUCCCAAGAGCAAGCACAGUAAGAUGGAACUUCAAUCUAUCAAUGCCGUGAACACCGUGUUUGAGCACAAAGGUGACAUCAUCCAGUGUUUUGAAACCAUCAGAGGAGUUUGAGCCUACCACUCUGCGGAAAGCUGGAGGGUUUGUGAAAAGAAGCGGACCGUCGACUCAGUCUUUGUCCAGGGAAUCAUAGUAAAAACAAACUAUCACCUGCUGCUGAGAGAAAACUGGCCAGGAUCAUCAAGAAUCAACUAAAAACACCUUAAAGCAAGACUGCAAUUAAUUAGAAGCUAUUGGAAGACAGGUGUAAGUGUCCUUAGUUAAGUGUGUCCACAGUGCAAGAAGCUCUUGAUCCAGACACGACACCUUAAAGCUCGACUAAAGUUUUCUGCUGUUCACAUGGACAAAGACAAAAACACAGUGAGCAGCAAUAUGUUUGGAGGAGAGAAAGAAGGUGAAGGUUUAACCCCAAGAACACCAUAACUACUGUCAAGCAUGGUGGUGAUUGUAUUAUGCUGUGGAGCUGUUUUGCUGCCAGUGGUCCUGCUGCUCUCAAGAAAGUAAAUGGAAUAAUGGAGAAGGAGGAUUAUCUCCAAAUUUUUCAGAAAAAAACAAAAAUCAUCAUCCCUUGCUUUUGGGUGCAGUUGGGUGUUCCGACAGGACAGUGGUCUCAGACACACAUCAAAAAUGGUAAAGGAAUGGAUCAAUCAGGCUAGAAUUGAGGUUUAGUAAUGGCUUUCCCAAAGUCCUGACUUGAACCCCAUUGAGAAAACGUGGACUGUGCUGAAGAAACAAGUAUGUGCUGGGAAGCAAACACAUUUAACUGAACUUCACUGAUUCUGGGAAGAGGAGUGGCUGUGGGACAUUUAACCAAAUAUUAGAAUCACUGUGUAUAUUUUUGAGCUGGCAGAUUUGGUCAAAUUUUCUGAAGACCUAUAAUGAAUUAAUGAUUAUAAUUAUAUUAUUAUAUUAACAAAGUGCAUCUCUGCAACUACAAGGUCUGUUUAACUAAUCAAGGUACUACGUCACAGAAAAAUAAAUGUAUGUUAGCUUUUGACUGUGACUGUAUGUCAGUAUGGUUAUUUUACCAUUAUGUAAUGCAUUUCACACCGACAAGGUGUGUGUGUGUGUGAGUGUGUGUUUGUCUGUAUGUAUCAGUGCCCCUCCUCCUCCAUGAUACAUGAUAUGCCUCCUCCUCUCUUUCAGCUCACAUUCUGUCUUACUUUUGUCAGUCUAUCUGGACUCUGUCGAUUCAACUUGAUACAGAUACUAGGACUUUUCUUCAGUCAUGUUUCGGGUUUCUCCACCCGUGUCUGUGUUGUUACUGUUUGCGCUCUGGGCUGUUGCUGUGGUGAAUGCUGUCUGGAUUCCCCCGAGGAAACCACUGAAAGAAAAUGUAGACUACACUCAAGACCUAAAUAUUGCUAAGAUCCACUCAGACUUUGACGAUGGUAGUGGAAAUAUUGUCUAUUCCCUUGAAGGUGUUGGUGCAAACAGUCCUCCCUAUCAUGUGUUUGUGGUUCAUCCUACAACUGGAGUAAUUCGUGUGACCAAAGUUCUUGACAGGGAGUUCAUUAGUACAUAUGAUCUUCAGGGUGUUGCUAAAUACAAAAAUGGCGCACUAGCAGAGGAAAAUGUUGACAUACGAUUCCAGGUUGUAGAUGAGAAUGACAACACUCCAGUGUUUCAAAAAAUGAACCCUGGGGAAGUGGAUGAGCUCAGUCCUACAGGAACUUCAGUCAUGAAAGUAAAUGCAACUGAUGCUGAUGAACCUGAUAAUCCGAACUCCAUGAUUGCCUACACCCUCUUGGAUCAGAAUCCACCUGGUGACAUGUUCUCCAUUUCAAAGGAUGGGACCAUCUAUGUCAACAAUCCUUCCUUGGAUAGAGAAACAGUUGAUAAGUACACUCUGACGGUGAAAGCUCAAGACUUGAAUGGCAAUGAAGGGGGAAAUACUGCAACUACCACUGUGACUAUUAAUAUCCGAGAUGUGAAUGACAACCUUCCCACUUUGGAAAAAGCAAAGUAUGAGGGCAGCAUUGAGGAGAACACAAAAGGUGUUGAGGUGAUGAGGAUCAAAGCAGAGGACCUGGACUUGGAGGGAACAGACAACUGGGAGGCUGAGUUUGAAAUUGUCAAAGGCAAUGAGGCGGGGUACUUCAGCAUUAAAACAGACCCCAACACCAAUGAGGGCAUCCUAAUGCUUGACAAGGCUGUGGAUUAUGAGGACGUGAAGGACCUUGACCUCGGAAUAGCUGUGAGAAACAAGGCUCCACCACAUAGUGGAUCUGGGGGAAAUGUUGGAACUGGUAUAAGUUUUGGACCAGGCAGACCAACGGGUGCUGGGGGAGGGGGCGGAGCAGGUGGGGGAGGCGGAGCAGGUGGGGGUGGGGGAGGCGGAGCUGGUGGGGGAGGCGGAGCAGGUAGUGCCACUGGUGCUGGAGGUUGGUCUGGAGGAUCAUCAUGGCAAAGUGGGACCAAAUAUAAAACCUAUCCAAUCAAAAUCAAUGUCAAGAAUCAGCCAGAGGGGGCAGCUUUUGACCCCAAAGUCAAAUCUAUUCCCAUCUCAGAGGGUGGCGAAAUUGACUUAACUAAGGUUAUUGCCCGAUACCCUGCAAUAGAUGGAGACACUGGGAAACCAGCUGAGAAUGUCAGGUAUGCCAAGGGCUCAGACCCUGACAACUGGCUAACUAUCGAUCCAAAGACAGCUGAGAUCAAACUAAACAAGAAGCCCGACAGAGAAUCUCCAUUCCUGGUCAAUGGGACCUAUUAUGCUCAUGUGUUGAGUAUUCCAGAAGAUAUGAAUGGAAAGACAUCAACUGGCACCAUAGCCAUCCAGGUGGAAGAUUUUAAUGACCACUGCCCCACCUUAACCAGUGACUUCCAGUCCAUGUGUACUACAGAAGAUGCUGUUAUUGUGAAUGCAAAAGAUGAGGAUAGUUUCCCUAAUGGAGCACCUUUUGACUUUGCCAUUGUCCCAGAGGGCACAAAGGGCAAAUGGCAGGUGGAACAUCUCAAUGAAACGGCAGCUAUCCUAAGGGCUCAGGAGUCAAUGUGGCCUGGCAUUUAUGAAGUGGAAUUUUUGGUGAAGGAUGAGCAGGGAAAGGCCUGUCCUGAACCACAAAAAGUGAAUGUCCAAGUUUGUACCUGUGAGGAUGGAGUGUUAUGUGGAAAACGAGGCGCCAAUGGUCAGCCCAGCAAAGGAGCAGAAUUAGGACCUGCAGGCAUUGGGCUGCUACUACUAGGCCUGCUGCUCUUACUGCUCAUUCCUCUGUUGCUGCUCUUCUGUAAUUGUGGCGGGGCUGCAGGACUGCCAGGAAACUUUACUGAGAUGCCAUUUGACACCAAAUCACACCUCAUUAACUACCGCACUGAGGGCCAGGGAGAGAAUACGGAGGUGCCGCUACUGACCAUGCCAACACAAAUGGAUGGACAGAUGGUGGAGACGGGAAUGGCUAACAGAACUUCAACAUUGGCACCCAUGGCAUCUUUUGACUACGAGAAAUCAGUCACUUCCAUGGAUGGGAUGAAUGGGGCGAUCUACCCAGAAGGUUUUUCUAGUGUCCACAGAGAAGGGACAAUGGGGAGGAUGAACCAGAUGAGUGGCAGUGGCUUCUACUCUGAGUUUGAGAGUAGAGAAUCAGGAGUAGGUGGAGGACUUUAUGACGGCAUGGCUCUGCCAGACCACUUCCUGAGACAGUACUAUUUCCAGAAGGUGAACAGUGGCAGUGAGAACCAAGGAGUAAAGGACAGUCUGUUGGUCUAUGACUUCGAGGGUCAGGGCUCCUCUGCUGGCUCAGUGGGCUGCUGCAGCCUCCUGGAGUCUGACACUGACCUGCAGUUCCUCGAUGACCUCGGGCCAAAGUUCAAGACCCUGGCUGAGGUGUGUGGCGGCAAGAAGAUCUCAACAGAAGUCAAACAAGCCUUGACUCCACUACCCACUCCCUCUGUUAAUACCAAGAGCUCAGUAUCAAGUGUGGUGACUACCCAGCAGCUCCCUCCUCCACCCCAGCAGCUCCCCCCUCCACCCCAGCUGCAGCCAGCCAUCCCCAAAACAGUUCAGAAUGUGGUCAGGGAGACAUCUCAGAGUUCUCAGGUGGUGAAGGAAAACACAGCUACAGUGAGACAAGGGAUGGCCAUGGCAAAGCAAGGAAUGGUAAAUCAAUGUCAGAUGCUCCUGCUGCAGCAGCAACAGCCUGUCUACUACACCACCACCCCUGUGAUGCAGCCAAUGCACUACGUAGUCCAGCCACAGGCUCAGAACACCAUGCUGCUGGCUGAGGCACCAGCCACCAACCUGCAGGGCAUGGUACUGGUUAACAGCACUCAGAGUGGUCCUGCCCAAGGCAUGGUUAUUCAGGGACAGACAGUGAUGUCCACUGGACAAGCCCAGGGUCCCAGCAUGGUCCUGGUGGGGAGAAGUGGGGUCGAGGGGGGUGGUGCCAACCUGAUCCACACUGGCAACCUCUCUGGCUCUCAGACAAUGAUGGUCAUGGAGGGCAAGGUCCCUGCAGGGUCAGUGAAAGUGCUGAAGGGGAGCCAGACCUCCCUUCUGCAAGGGGGCACUCUACAAUCAGGAGGACUUUCAGGAUCUCAGAGAGUCCUGGUGGUUGGAGGGCCACUAAGCAGUGGAGGGCAGCUGGUCCAGGAGGCAGGGGGUCUUUCCAAGAGCAGUGACAGCUCUGGCUCUCAAAAUGUUCUUUACAGCAAGGGCCGCACAUCUGCUGUCUCACAGAGCAGCUUAUUGGGCUCAUCUGCAACCACUGUGGGCACAGUGCCCACCUACAGCAAGGUGAUGGUGCAGGAGAAGUUCACGGAACUGUAAAAUGGAGAAUGUCGGUUUAAUGUGGGUCACACUUCUGACAAUCUUAAGGGGAGACACUCUAUAUCAGUUUAUUGGUGGAGGGUGUGAUGCAGCAGUUUACAUGGAAUCAAGCUACAUGUUUAUGCACAUUCAUACUACAGCUUCUACUUUAUUCCAAAAUAUGCUAAUGAACAACCUCUAUGGUUUGUUCUGGCCAUUGCUUAGUUUGUUUUGGCAGUGAUAUUUUUGUCAACAUGUUCUGCACUGAUAAUUGUCUGUGUUUCUCUAAAUUCUUGUGGCUCACACAGCAUGGCCAGAAUUUAAUCAAGAGAAUGUCAGUAUUUCAAAUGAUUUUUCAUUAUUGGCCACAACGCUGGAAAACCAGUGGAGCAUUAACAGAAAGAACAGUCCUCAAAAACUUUGAGCUGGCUUGGUCCAAACAUAAUAAACACUAAAAGUAGAAAUCUUGAUUUAAGCAUUUUUGUUGUGAGCAUGUUACAAUGCUGCAAUUGUUACCACAGCAACGUCAGUGCUCUGUAUCUUGAAUCAGUGGCAGCAGGGUGCAACCCUUCCUUCAGCUACCUGCCUGGAGUGUUGUGCAAGUUCACACUUCAAAACAGCUACGUAAAGGUUCAGUUCACACAGAUUGAAAUGACCUGGUUCUUUUCCAGAGUUCCCAAUUUUGAAUUUCGAACCGGGUCAGUCAGGGUUAUGGAGGUGUAAAAUGUGCAUGUCGUAAUGCCUCUGUCGUAAUGUAAUGACCAAACAUCCUGUGCAGGCUUGUUCCCUCCCACUGCUAGAGUGGUGGGGUGAAAAUACGUUAUCAUAUACUAGAGGACAAAACACCAUUGAAAGAAACAGCCAGAUCAGAAAACACAACCACUUGAUCAUAGUACUGUGGUUUGUCAGACUGAUUGUCAUUAAUUGUUGUUAUUAUAUGGCUGACGUUAACUCUUUGGAAUGGUCCUUGUUUAUAGUUACUUGUCAUUCUGCCAAGCUAAUGCUAUUGCCACAUUUUUUUUAAGCAGAAGCACUUUUAAGCAUAUCAUAAAACUCUGUGUGUGCGUGUGUGUGUGUGUUUUUGUGUGUAUGUUUAUACAUAUGGUGAAACAUGGGUUUCAUUCAUUACUAUGGAGAGCAAUGCUUAUGCAGUGGCAUUAAUUUGGAGAUAAUGUCUCUCUCAGGGAUGUCCAAUGGAAUGCAUUUAUGUCACACUCGCUUACUUUAAUAAACUCUUGAAUUCUUUAUGGAACACUUUAGGUCAAUGAUUGUUGUAUGUCCUUUUGUGUUAGAAUGGUAUAUUAUGUUACAGUGUAUGACAAGCCUUUAGUGUUUUGGGUUUUUUUUUUUUUUUUGGCAAUAACUGGAUCUCUAACAUGCCAUGAUUAUGGUCUGUCAUGACAAGAACACUACCUAAAGGAAUGAGGAAGAUCAGGCAAACGCAGGCACACAGCAGUAUAUAGACAGAUCUGCAUACUAUCCCAGUCAACUUUCAUUGGCUCCCUGUCUGGUUCUGAUGGCUACAUAUUUGUAUGGUUUGCUGAGAGCUUACAGAAUAGCCUGUGAGGCUGAUCACAUCAGUGGAGUUCUCUGAGGAUGACAAAAGUUGAGCACAUCACUGCAGUUUCAACAUCAAUAAUUAAUUAUAUAACUACAUUUGAGCCUUGAGUCCAUCCUGAAUUAUACACAUUCAGCAAGGAGUACAUGGUGGUGAAAGACACGUGUAAGACAAAAAGUACAAAUAAAGAUAUACUUAUUUACACUGACUUGGAAAUCAUGUUAUUGUUGUUGAGAGUAGUGCACUAUGGCAGGCUUAGGGGUAAGUCAUUGAGAGGCUAUAAUUACAUGUCUAUGGCAGUGCUUUAAGUGGUCCGGUACGCAACGGUACGGAGUACCGGCACUUCUCAGAUUCUCUGAUUCACCUGUUGCCAGUAUUGCCAGUGUAUUUCUUUUAAACAUGUAAAAAGCA